CAGUGAGUCGGAAGGCGAAGCAGGACACAGGCAUGGUGGUUGAACGUAGGUUGGGUGAGUGGCGGCGACCGGAAGAGUGAGGCCUGGAGGUCUGAGAGAGGGCGCCUCCAUGACAACCUGAUACCGGAAUAGGCGGGUCUGUGCUCCUUGACUGAUCGGCGCCUGAACUUGCCUGGAGAUGCAGGCUGCCCUGGAAGUCACUGCGCGAUACUGCAGCCGGGAGCUGGAUCAGUAUGGCCAAUGUGUGGCGGCCAAGCCCGAGUCGUGGCAUCGGGAUUGUCACCACCUUAAGAUGAGCAUUGCUCGCUGCACGUCCUCCCACCCCAUCAUCCGUCAGAUCCGACAGGCCUGUGCUGAGCCUUUUGAAGCCUUUGAGGAGUGCCUUCGCUUGAAUGAGGCAGCCGUUGGCAACUGUUCUGAACACAUGCGCCGCUUCCUGCAGUGUGCCGAGCAGGUGCAACCGCCAACUUCACCCACAGCUGGAGAGUGAGCUCUGCCAUGAAGAACUAUCCAACAAAGCAUUGGCCCGUGAGUGGCCACCCCAAGCCCAGGGGCUUGAGCUCCGCCUGCCUAUGAGGUUAUCUUCAUGGAUUUCACAGAAAGAGCAGCGACACUCCCAGAAUGGAAGCCACUCUCUUCCUAGCUUAGCUUUCCUUCUGGCUGCCAGGCUGUCUCUCACCACCACGGCUUUGCCUGGCAUGCUCCUGCUCUCAACGACACAGUGUGCUCAGGUAAGUCCUGCUCAUUGCUCAGUCCCCAGAGCAGUGAAAAGCGCCUUUGAGAUCCUGAUCACUGCAGAGGCCAAGCUUUCACUCGUAUAUAUUUUCACAGCAGUACUAAAAACUCUCCACUUGUGGUCCCACUUGAAUGAGAAAAUGCAAUAUUGAAAGAAACUGUGAGUGACUGUUCUGGGUUCUUGAAAAAUGUCAGGCUGGAGACAUGGCUUAGAGGGUAAGAGCACUGGUUGUUCUUCCAAAGGUCCUGAGUUCAAUUCCCAGCAACCACAGGGUGGCUCACAACCAUCUAUAGUGAGAUCUGGUGCCCUCUUACGGUGCACAGGUGCACAUGUAGGCAGAACAGUGUAUAAGUAAUAAAUAAAUAAAUCUUAAAAAAGAAAAGAAAAGAAAAAUGUCAGUGUCGUGAAAGACAGAAAAAUCCCAGGGAACAGUCCUCAACUAAAAGAGACUCCUGGGGACACAUGGCAUGGACUGUGUAUUAGACAGUAGUCAUGAGUCGAUGUUAAAUGUCUUUAGUUUGAGAAUGCGAUUUGUUCAUCUAAAUGCACGUCUUCAUUCUCAAGAGAUUUACACUUGCAUUAGUUACUUUUCUCAUUGCUAUGACAAAAUAUUUGAUAAGAAUGAAAGGCUUGGGACCUGGAGAGGUGGCUCAGUGGUUAAGAGCACUGUCUGCUCUUCCAGAGGUCCUGAGUUCAAUUCCCAGCAACCACAUGGGGCUCACAACCAUCUAUAAUGGGAUCUGAUGCCCUCUUCUGGCAUGGAGGUGGUAUACAUGCAGAUAGAGCACUCAGACACUAAAUAAAUAAAACUUUUUUUUUUAAAGGUUUGUUGUGGCUCACAGUUUGAGGGUUUAGUCUUUCUCGGUGGGAAAGGCACUGUGGCUGGAGUAUGGGUAGCUGGUCACAUUGCAUUUUGCAGGAAGCAGAAAGCAAGGAGUGUUGGUGCUCUUCUCUCCUUCCCCUUCACCAGCUCACAUAGUGCUGUCAUUCACACUUAGGAUGGGCCUUCCCAUCUUACCCCAGUAUAGACAACCCCUCACAGACAAGUACAGAGGUUUAUCUCUGAAAAGAUUCUGGAGCCUGUCAAGCAGACAUGUUCAGACCCACCUGCUCCCUUAGCAUAACUGUAGCCAUUUUUGUUUCAGGCCCACCCGCCAUAUCAUCUCACUUGUUGACAUUACAAAAUUUCUGUGCAAAGUCUGGUUGACCAUAAAUUAUGAGUAUGUUCAAUGAGAAACUCUCUUGUUCCUGGAAAUUCCCCAACUGUAAGCACAGCUGGCCCCAGCUGUGAGGCACAGUUUCACGGUUACUGAGAACUGCUUGUCUAGUUAGCAAAAAUAACUUGACUCUGAGCUGACCACCCUGUCCCACUGUCCACCCCUACCCUGUAUGAGUUAAUUUCGGUUUCUACCUUUAGAAGCUGACUCUGAAGAACAUUCCAUUUCACAGUCUCAGCUCCCACAUCUGAACUGCAUCCCUGAUCCAUCAAUCUUGGGCUAUACAUUCAAUAAACCAUCCAUAUCUGACUGAAAUCAAUGUCUGAAGGCUUAUGUGGCUAUUCCUAAACCAUAACAGAAAAAUAAAUAUUAAUAUAGCAACAUAGAACUGUUUAGGAAUAAAGACUCAUAAGAAAUGCAACUCAUUUUUAAAUAGUUUAGAAAAGAAAAAUGUGAAUGUCUGUAGAGUUCUGUAUAGAGAGGAAAGGGACACAGAGACAAAAAGAGAUGCUAAGAGGACAGAUAUCCAUACUUAGUAUUCAUAUAUGUAGGCACACAUAUACAUGUAUGCACAAACACAGCCAUCUGAGUUUUGACAAAGAUGCCAGAGAUACACAUUAGAGAAAAGACAGCAUCUUCAACAGUGCUGGGAAAACUGGAUGGCUCCAUGUAGAAGAAUGAAACCAAAUCACUAUUUCUUACCCUGAGCAUAAAUCAACUGCAAAUGGAUGUAGGACUUCAAUGCAAGACCUGAAACUCUGGAACUGCUAGAGGAAAGAUCUGGGGGCAGGACCGUAAGAUUGAGGCAAAGAUACACAGACUUUCUGAAUAGGACUCCCACUCGCUCAGGAGAUAAGGCCGGUAACUGACAAACAGGACCUCAUGAAAUCUGAAGGAAGAAGAACCUGUCAAGUAAUUGAAGAGGCAGCCCACAGGAUUGGGACAAAACUUUUGCCAGUUAUACGUCAGACUGAAGAUUAAUACCUAGAAUAUGCAAAGAACUCCAAAAACAGCCCAGUGAAAGGAUGGGAUCUGACACUGAAUAAAGUUCCCAAAAGACAAAAUACAAAUGGUAAAUAAAUGUUUUAAGUGUCCAUUAUUUUUUAGCCAUCAAGGAAAUGCAAGCUAAAAUGACUUUGAAACCCCAUUUCAUCCCACUCACGAUGGCUAUCAAGACGACAAAUGGUGACAAAUGUGGGAAGGGGUACCCGCAUCACCGCUGGUGGGAGUACAGACUGGCACGGUCACUGGGAAAACCCAUUUGGAGGUUUCUUAAAAACCUAAAAAUAGAUUUUUUUAAUAUGAUAUGCGACAGCCAUACCACUAUUGGACACACACUCAGAUGGGCCUGUUCUCUGCCACAGAGAUGCUUGCUUGCUUAACCGAUUUUAUUGCUGCUCUAUUUAUAAAAGCCAGGAAAUGGAAUCAGGCGAGAUGUCCACCAAAUGAUGAAUGAAUAAUGGAAAUGCUGUACAUACAUCCGAUAGGAUUUUGUUCAGCUGUCAUGAAAAUGGAAUCAUAAAAUUUGCAGGAAAAUCGGUGGAAUUUGGAAAUAUUAUAGUAAGUGUGGUUACCCAGGCCCCUGAAAUAUGUUUUCUCCCAUAUACACAUCCUAGCUUUGAAUGUUUAGAUUUUUGUGUUUUCUACAAACUGUAGAGAUCAGGAAUCUAGAAAGAGCAAAGGGCAAAAGGGAAAAGGUGUUGAGAGAAGAGGGGGCUGGCAGAGCACAUGAAAGCAGAGUCUGGGAAUACUGGGCUGAAAAGGUUUAUGGAGAGAUGGCAAUGGGGGAGUGGAGGAGAGGAAGGGAUGGAGGGAAGUUUAACAAAAACUAAGGAUGCAUGGAAAGACUUAUGGAAACCCAUAAGUUAAUUAAAAUAUAUGACCUUUCCCCCUUAGGAAAGGCAUUAAAACAGAGUGGGAAGAUAAUUCUGCUCCCAGCAAGUAUGCAUUUUUAAGUGGAAAAAAUAAUCCAAGGUCAGCCACAGGAUGAAAAAAAAAAGACAAUGAAAAUAAGGUUCCUCUUUAUUGCUGUUGCUGUUUUCCCCCUAAAGCUCUCUGAUUCGCAUCUGAACUCUGGCCCUCUAUACAGCUACGCUUUCACUUUACAGCAGACGUGAAAUAAUCUCAGUCGAUUUUGCUGUCAGUCCUUCUUCCCCGGUGAAGUGAUCUUUACUUUCUCUUCCUCCUUCAUGUCAAUGCUGAAUUCCAUAGACUGAGCCAUUUGCUAAGGUGGUGGCCCUGUCGCUUGCAUCCCCUACCGUGUAUGAAGGAAAGGCCUUUGUGUGUGCAUCUCAGGACUCACCCACUGGCCCUGUGGUUUUCUGCCCCGGGAUCUUCAUUCUGAAGGAAUUACUUCCUACCUCCUAAGGUAUUCAGCCUCUGAUCUUGACCCUGUCUUCCGCCAGAAAGGAAAUGAGGUGAGAUACAGUAAAAAGAGAAAACCAAUGAGCAAAUAAAAUAAAAUCUUGCAUCUUUUGACUUUUCUGACCAGAUGUUCAUCUUCUAGUCAUUCAUAAGCAUGUACAUUUUACUUUUUACAUUUUCCUUGAGAAACUGGAGACGAUCAAUGCAUUUUGUUGGUUUCUAUCCUGUCUGCAGACUGUCCUCCUGCAGAUUCCUUCUGCAGGAUGUGGUCUCCUCAUAACAAUAUAUGAAUCUGUAUUGUACACAGGAGAAAACUGUGGCUCCUCUUCCUGGGAGAGAUCUGGCUUCCUGGGCUUGCUCCCCCCUCCAGGGAAAGCUGCAACCUUCUCGUGGCUUUCUUAGGCACCAGGGCUAACACUGGGAACAUGUCAGAGGUGGAAGCUUCAGCCAGACCUGUUUGCAUCAUACACAUUUUCCUAUGAUCAGAGUCCUUGAGAGACACUCCAUUCAGAGAGGGGACACUUUCUAUUAACGUUUGUUUAUGGAAGAAAUAAAUGACACCAAAUGGGAUCCCCUCCAAACAAGGUUUAUGCUGUUGCUACAACAUGACAAGUCCCAACAAGAGCAAGUCUGCCUUUUGUAUUUGUUUUUGUUUUGAGACAGGGUCACAUAAAUCUUAGCCUGGCCUUCAACUCAGCAUGACUUAGGAUGAGCUGGCACUUCUGCUCAUGUGUUCACCACCUUGCAGGCGCUGGGAUUUCGGGCGUACGUUAGCACCUGGUUUCAUGCAGUGCUGGGAAUCAAGCUCAGGCUUUGUGCAUAUGAGCAAGCACUGUAUAAAUGGAGCCCCCUGCCUAUUGCUCUGAAACGUAUUAAAGUGGUUGUCUUGGUACUAUCCAAUAGCCCUGGAGAGACAACAGAGGCCCACAUCAAUUAGGUACUGACUUGGGCCACCAGCUUCCUUUGGGAAAAGCUCUCUGUCCUCCCUCGUAUUUCUUUCAUCACAUUCAUUUUCUUUUCAAUAUCUAUCAGGUCUGGCAAGAAAAAAUUCUGAGAUUAGCUGCCUAGAUCUCAAAGCACAGACAGCAGCUCCCAGCUGGGCCCCAUCUUUUGCAGCCAAGUCCUCAAUGCAAACAGAGCUCUCACACCAACAUAUCCAAUAUUCCAAUGUAAUACGUUAACAAGCUGCUAAGAGAAACGAGUGCUACCCUCCUGCUGUGACAAAUAUGAUUUCACAUGAACAAAAUUGAAAAACGUAUUAAGCUAAGGCUUUUUAUAUGAUAAAAAUUGGCAACUUAUUAAAAUGUUUGCAUUGAAUAUUUGCUGUUCAGAUCUGUGAGAUUUGUGAUGGUUGAGUGAGUUCUAAAAUAAACACAAUAGAACUCACAAUAUAUAUUUCAUUAAGGUCUUUUCCCCUUGGUUUCAACAAAACUGCUUAACUUUUUGGAAAAUCAAGACUUUCAUGUAAUCUGUGAAGAAAUGAGAAAGUAGGCGUUUGGCAGUAUUGGAAACUGGGAAACAGUCAAGAGCUCAUGGUGUCUGCGGCGGCAUAUCUGGCUGUUGGGAAUAGAAGAUGGUUGGUGUUGCUGCUUUGAAACCAAGCUGGCAGUUCUUCAAAGAUUUAAACAUGGAUGAGGAAAGGCUGACUGAUGGGUAUCACCCUACAGUUAGACAGGAGCAAACAUUUUGGUGUGCUAGCCCAUAGUAAUAUAUUAUAUUUCAAAAGGCCAGACAGCGAGAUUUUAGUUUUUGCCAUAGAGCAAUGAUAAAUCAUUGAGGAGGCAGAUAUAUUCAAUCUUAUUUAAAUAUUCCUAUAUAUAUAUGUAUAUAUAUAUAUAUACACAUAUAUAUUAUAUAAAUUUUACAUUAGUACCCUGUUAGUAUAUAUAAAAUUUUAUGGGUUUUUUUUAUUAGUUAAAAAAUAAAGUUAAAACAGAAAAUGAACAAAAGCAUCUAUUUGUCCAUUUUAAGUUUGGAAAUUACAAAAACAGACAAAAUCUCUGUCCUGGGGAAGGUGAUGUGUUGGAAGAGAAAAUGAAGACUGGCUAGAGCCAAGCCCUGAGCAAGCUGUGCUCUCUGUCAUCCCACCAAGCAGGAUACUGUCUCUCCCAUCAUGCACUGGGCACAAAAUAAAUGACCCUGUUGCAGAGGACUGUACUGAAUGCCAGGCUUAUGGCUUCUGCCAAGAGUAAAUUCCUGUGUGUCACACAGGGAAAGAAGUCUCUUUACUGGGGCAUUGGCUUCACCAGUCCCAGGCAUACUUACCACAUUGGGCCCUUGGCCACUGAUUUUUGCAGCAAUGCUGUCUUGCCUUCGACAUCCUCUCUUCAUGUUCUAGUGUUGUUCUGUUCUUAUCAACUCACCCUGGGCACGCAGCUGUGGCCCCUGAAACUAAACUAUCACAUGUCUGCCUUCCGGACCAUUACUAGCUUUGCAUUGGUGUAUCUUUUGAAAUAAAACCAAGAUCCUGAGCAAUAGACUGUGAGUCAAGAUAUUCAACUAACCUGUAAUCCCAGAACUCGAAGGCAAAGGCAGGAGGAUCACUGCAAUCUUGAGACCAGAGUAGUCUACAUAGUCAAGUCUAGGUCAGCUGCGGCUACAGAGCAAAAGCCUGUCUCUCUCUCUCUCUCUGUCUCUCUGUCUGUCUGUCUGUCUGUCUCUCUCUCUCUCUCUCACACACACACACACACACACACACUAUAGAGCUUUUAUAGUGUCCCCUCUCAGCUCCUUCCAGGCCAUUUGUCUUAGUAAAGCAGUUUGGCCAAUGGGCCUGAUAUUGUGUUGUGUCAUAACUUAGCUAGACUGACCUGCAUUCCCAAGGAUUCCAUUGCUCGGUAUUGGCCUCUGUUGACAAUAGGUUGGACAUUCUUCAGGAUUGUGUCCAUAGAGCCUUGAUGAGGGGAAGGCCAUCCAUCUUGCUGCACUCAUGCACAGACUCUACCACUUCCACUAUGGCCAGGUCAUCUCUCACGUGGCCUCUUCCACAUAUGUUCUAUCCAUUUGUCUGUGGGCCCAACUGAACAUCGCCACUGCUCUCUGACUGCAUUUGUAAAAGUGUCUCAUUGUGUUUUGUUCAUGCAUGAGAGUCAAAUGGCGAUGCGAUUCGAGUCAUUAUGUCUGAAUCUUUAAAAUCUUCCGUGACAGCACCAAAGGGACAGGGACUCCCCAGGGGCAGGGAAUAACUGUGUGUUGGCAUCUCAGUGGAAGAGGUAGAGCUUCCAUGUGGCCUGUCAUAUCAUAAUAGCCGUUAUUUGAGGGUCAGAGAAGAGGUGGGGGGGAGGAGUCUUCCGGUCACGCAAUGUGUUGGCCUCAAGAUGUGGCUGAAGCAUGAUCACAGGAUUAGUCUGGGGUUCCUCUUGACCUACUGUGAGAGGGCCUCCGGCCCAGACUCUAUCUAUUGACCUCUGCCACCCCAUCUUUCUCCAGUAGACCUUGGAGGCACUCCACUGUGCAUAUGAUUCAGAAUCCACGAUGGGGUCGCUAAUGCGUUAGCAUGGCUUUGACAAAGAUGAGCCAUGGGCUGUCGAGGCGGCUUGAGUGAUAAGGGUAUCUGCUGCCAAUCCUGACAACCUGAGUUCAGUCCCUGAGACCCAGACGGCGGAGGGAGAGAACUGACCCCUGAGAGUUGUCCUCCAGGAAUGCAUGUGAACACAUACAUGCAUAAAUAAAUUGUAUUGUAUCUUC